GACCAAGAGAAGCGAACACCACUUCAUGCUGCUGCCUACCUGGGUGAUGUUCAGAUCAUUGACAUUCUCAUUCAAUCUGGUGCUAAUGUGAAUGCGAAGGACAACUUGUGGCUCACACCAUUACAUCGAGCUGCAGCCUCUCGCAAUGAGAGAGCCGUGAACGUCCUGCUGAAACACUCCGCCGACGUGAAUGCCCGGGACAAGCAAUGGCAGACCCCGUUCCACGUUGCUGCUGCCAACAAGGCGGUGAAAUGUGCCGAGCUCCUGAUCCCGCUGCUGAGCAGCGUGAACGUCUCUGACCGCACUGGGAGGACCGCUCUGCAUCACGCUGCCUACAGCAGCCACACUGAGAUGGUUCACCUACUGUUGAGUAAAGGGGCCACUGUCAGUGCGUGUGACAAAAAGGAAAGGCAGCCGAUUCACUGGGCUGCGUACGCAGGGCACCUGGAGGUGGUGAAGAUGUUGUCCUCACGUGGGUCUGACGUGACUGGGAAGGACAAGCGAGGUUACACACCGCUGCAUGCUGCUGCUUCAAAUGGACAAGUCGACGUGGUCAAAUACCUCCUCAACCUCGGGGUGGAGAUCGAUGAGCCUAACGCCUACGGGAACACUGCCCUCCACGUCGCCUGUUACACUGGACAAGACGCGGUUGCCAACGAGCUGGUGAACUCUGGUGCCAACGUCAACCAGCCAAACGAGCAAGGCUUCACCCCGCUGCACUUUGCCGCCGUCUCCACCAACGGUGCGUUAUGUCUCGAGCUCCUGGUCAACAACGGGGCGGACGUCAAUGUUCAGAGUAAGGAUGGGAAAAGUCCGUUGCACAUGGCCGCAAUUCAUGGCAGGUUUACACGCUCUCAGAUCCUCAUCCAGAACGGUGGAGAGAUAGACUGUGCAGAUAUAUAUGGCAAUACUCCUCUACAUGUAGCUGCUAGGUACGGUCACGAAUUACUGAUCAGUACCUUAAUGACCAAUGGUGCUGACACCGCACGGCGUGGGAUCCACGGCAUGUUUCCUCUGCACCUGGCUGUACUUUACGGGUUUUCGGACUGCUGUCGCAAGUUACUCUCAUCAGGUCAAAUGUACAGCAUUGUGUCAUCGUUCAGUAACGUGCACGUCCUGUCCGCAGGCUUUGACAUAAAUACUCCCGAUGACCUCGGAAGGACCUGCCUUCAUGCUGCUGCUUCAGGAGGGUGAGUGACACCCCGCCAUCUCCUUGCUGCUCCCUGACCUCCUUCCCUCUUGUCUCCCACCCGGGCCUGUAGGUCUGCCUUGCACUAUGCAGCUGCCAGUGGCAGUUACCAGUGUACGGUUACAUUAAUAACCGCCGGUGCCAGUAUUGCCAGAACAGACAGCAGGGGCUGUACUCCUCUGCACUACGCUGCUGCUGCUUCUGAGUCCUACAGAAGGUAAGAUGGACGCUGACACUGGCCUGGGCUCUGCUGUCCCCGGGACCGCGAUCAGGGAGGGAGGUCUGGAGCUGUCCACCUCAGCCUCACAGACCAGUUUCACCCCCCCACCCCUCGGUUCCACACUUGCGUUGACACUUAAAAUCCCUCCGACCCUGCUGACCUCCUUAGUCACGCGUGUAAGGAGGGGUGAUCUAAAACCAGGGGCACGGUUCUAAAAGGGGUUGUUUUCCAUUCUUCCACAGGGAUGAGGGGGU